AUGACCUUAAACGGCGUCAAAAUCGAGAUCCCUGGGGUCGUUACUAUGCGUUCGACGACUACGAGGAAGACCUCGAUGACGCUGACUCCGGAGAAAUGUAGAAAAGAUGUUCUUUCUAUAUCAAAGGCUGUUGGGAUUCUCAGAGAGACAGCUGAUCGUUGGAACGACGUUGAUACAUUCUUACUGGUAGCAAAAAGAUGCCGGCUACACACCAACAUCGACUUCAUGGCCAUCGAAGGUUCCAUUUCCAUGUAUCAGGUCUUCGACUGGAAACCUAUUGAAAAUUUUUUCGUAGACACCAUUAAAUACGCCCAGACAAACUCCAAACGAAUGACCCUGGUAAAGAAACAAACGGCAAGAGAAGGUUCAGACGACGAAAUCAUCAAUUGA